AUGAGUGACUUCGAAAGAGAUCUUGGUCCAAUUCAAGAGUAAAGUGAUGAUCAAUUAUUGAAACUAAUCCCUGAAUCUUUACCUGAUGAAAUUAAGUAAGCACUUAAGUCUUGUGCGGACAAUUUAUCUAAACAAGAAUCAGAGUCAGAAAAGUUUGAAGAAUAUAUUUAUAAUGUUAAUUCAGAUGAUAUCGUUACCUAAUACAGCGGAUUAAAUCGAUGUCGAAAACUGUUGAGUAAUGCUCAAAUAGCAGUUCCAACUGAAUAAAUGAUUGAGAUGUUUCUUCAAAAAAGAGUUCAUGUGAAAAUCUUUGACAUCGCUAAAAAUACAAAUAUUCCAUUGGUAAAGUAUGAGGCUCUUUGGAUUAUUUGUAAUAUUGUAUUUGGAACUUAGAAAUAGAUAUAGACAAUUCUAGAUAAUGAUGGAAUUAAUAUUCUGUUUUCGGCACUUGAAUCAGAACAUGAUGAAAUUAUAGAAUUGGGAGUUUGGGGAUUGGCAAACAUAGCAGGAGAUAACUUGAAGUUCAGAGAUAUGCUAUUAUAGAAUGGAGUUCUAUAACCCUUUAUUCAUUUAGCUCAGAUAUACAAAGGCAGGUAAAAUGGGAAUAAGAAUCCUAAUAUCUUGAAAAAAUUAGUCUGGGCCUUUUCUAAUUUAGUCAGAGGGAAGUCAGCUCCGAAGAAAAUAGUAAUUAUGAUAUUAAAGAAUUAGUUUUGUAUAGAUUUGCUGUCAAUUCUUUGUUAAAUUUUAGUAGGAACAGAGGAUGAGGAGAUGUUAAUUGAUGCUUGCUGGAGCUUGAGUUACUUAAGUUAAGAUGAAAAUCUUAUUCACAUUUUAAUUAAAGAGAGAGUUACUCAAAAAUUAAUUCUACUAAUGCAAACAGAAAACCAAAAACUUGUGAUUCCAGCCUUAAGAACCGUAGGAAACAUCUUAACUGGCAAUGAAGAGUAAACAGAUGCAGUCUUAAAACUUGGAGCCAUUUAAAUCUUUGAGAAAUUGCUUCAUAAUAAAACUAAGGCUAUCUAAAAAGAAGUUUGUUGGUCUCUAUCCAACAUUGCUGCUGGUAAUUCAAAUUAAGUAAAAUAAAUUAUUCGAAAUGAUUAACUUUUUAAUUCUGUUUAUCUUUCAUUUGAUAAUGGAACUCCAGAGAUUAUAGAAUAAAUAUCUUUCUUAUUGUCAAAUUGUGUUGUCAACGCAGAACUAUAAGAUAUAGAUUACCUCUUAAUGUAGCAUUAAUACUUGUAAAAGAUGUCAUCCCUCUUAGAUAUGAACUAAAAAGUAGUAAUUAAUGUUACUCUUGAAGGGAUAUUUGAGUUGUUAAAUAGAGUUCAAUAUGAUGAUGGAAGAUUAGAACAAUAUAAAAAGUUGAUCGCAGAUUCUUUAAUUAUGAAAAAGGUUGAUAAAUAUUUAAAGCACCCUGCUAAAGAAAUUUCGAAGAAAGCUCGUCAAGUCUUUGAAAUUUUUUAAUCCAAAAACAAUUCUUGA